CCGUUAAAAAUCAUGACUUUUUAAAAGACUACCUAUAUGGGAAAAUAGGAUACAAAAGACUUCACAUAUUUAAGUGGGAAAAUACUGUGUAUAUACAAUAUCAUUUAGUUUUAUUUCUAGAUUGAUUUUUUAUACACACACACAGACAGGAAGGAAUUAUACCAAGUUUAACUGUUGUUUUCCUGGGUAACGUGAUGAGAAUUAUAAUUACUUUCUUCUUUUACAUUUAUGUUUAUUUUCCAAAUUUUCUGCAAAGAGACCAUAUCACAUUUACAAUCAGAAAAAAAGUUUUUAAUCAGCAGUUUUUAAUCCUCCAGGUGUUAUGUCCAUACUAAGUGGCUGGUAAGUAAUAUUCUGCUUCACUCCACAGCUGCUGCUAGACACCCACUCCCUGAAGAUGGUGCUGCUCGACCUACCCUCCAUCGGCUCACAGGUGGUGAGGAAGGCCCCUGCCAGUUACACCAAAAUUGUUGUGAAAGGCAUGACCCGGGCUGAGAUGAUCCUCAAGGUGGUGAUGGCACCUCAUGAGCCACCAGUGGUGUUUGUGGACAACUACAUCAAACUCCUUACGGACUGCAACACAGAAACCUUCCAGAAGAUACUGGACAUGAAGGGGCUGAAGAGAAGCGAGCAGAGCAGCAUGCUGGAACUCUGCCGCCAGAGGCUCCCCACCCCGCCCUCGGGGGCAGAAGGCCCCAGCUCGCUGUCGCUGAUGGCUCCAACGCCAGAACAGGAAUCAUCUCGCAUCCGGAAACUAGAGAAAUUAAUUAAAAAGAGACUGUAGGAG